AGCGGUGACACCCGUGCUCCCGGCUAGCGCGCGGAGAGUGGGGGCCAGGUCGAGGAGUGCGGGCUGGGCCGCAGAUGUCAUGUGGCCUGUGUUUUGGACCGUGGUGCGUACCUAUGCUCCUUAUGUCACAUUCCCUGUGGCCUUUGUGGUCGGGGCUGUGGGCUACCACCUGGAAUGGUUCAUCAGGGGAAAGGAUCCUCAGCCGAUGGAGGAGGAAAAGAGCAUCUCAGAGCGCCGGGAGGAUCGCAAGCUGGAUGAGCUGCUGGGCAAGGACCACACCCAGGUGGUGAGCCUUAAGGACAAGCUGGAGUUUGCCCCUAAAGCUGUCCUGAACAGAAACCGCCCGGAGAAGAACUAAUGGAGGACAUAGGGCCCUAUGGUCCACAGGGCUGUGACUGGUUCUGCCACCAUGUUGACCCAGCCCCAGAACAUACAUCUGAUUUGCUUUGCUGCUUAUUCUGGCCCCUCCUGCACCCCACAGCCACACUGUACUGGCUUUUCCUUUAUGGCCGGGCAGGCACAACAGCAACUGAGGGGCCAGCAAAGAGGAAGGCCGCCUCUGUUGAAUGAGGUCUACAACUGCUCAGGCUUCUGGGCUUACUUGGGUGCACUACGCAGAGGAGUGUUUUGAAAUGAACACUGGUUCUCAGACUCCCUGGGGAGGUGGUUUGAUCUCAGGUGGGAAGGGCUGGGAUUUGGGUGUUACCUUUAGGAGGGAACCACACAUGUCAAGUUCUAGUUUGCACUGGGAAGAGUUAAAAAAUCUACCUGGCUUCCUCAACUGGUUCACCUUAUCUUUCAGGUUCAUUCUUCCUGAAAUUCUGUUGUCAGCUCAGGAAUGGGAUUCCUUAGAGAAGGAAAGCAUUUUUUUUUCUGUUGUCAGAAGCUCAGGCUGUUCACCUUGGGGCAGGGAGGAACAUGUACCUGGUGAAUUUGCUUGAAAACAAUCACCGUCUUCCACCCUUCAUUACUGUGUAGUGAAAACCUUGAUUAAAGUGGCAUCUGAGCACC